AUGACUAGUAAAUCAAUCGCCAUUAUCGGAGCUGGCCCUGCUGGAUUAGCUUCCCUUUACGAGUUUUUACAUACCAAUAAAGAUGGAUCAUCAACUUUAACUGAUGCAUCCAAGACCUACAAAGAUGUUCCCAAACCUAAAGAGCCCGCCUUUACUAAGAUUAUCGCGUUUGAGCAAAAAGAUAAAGCUGGAGGCAUCUGGGCACCAAGUGAAACCGCUGAUUUCAACUUUCCACCUCAAGAAAUUGCCGAGUACCAUAACCCAGCCAAGAUCAGACCAACUAACCAAGCACCACAAGGUAUUGAAACCGCCACAUUAGAAAAUUCUGUUGCUGUUGAGCAUAAUGAAUUGAUCAAUGAAUUGGAGUGGAGUAGAUCAGGUGUGUUUCCAUUCUUGUUCACAAAUAUUCCCACCAGGUUCACUAGAUACAGCUAUUUGCCAAAUGAAGAGGAAUAUCUUAACAAAGAAAGGAAAAUCUAUCCAUUUUUGACUCAACAGGAAUUGAGCCAACGCUUUUCGACAUUCAUUGAAGAGGAAGGACUUAAUGAAUACAUUAGAACCUCAUCAACAGUUGAAUCGGUUGAGAAAGCUAAUGGCAAGUGGCUCAUCACCAUUAGAAAGAAACAGGGAAACAAGAGCCACUGGUAUACGGAAUCGUUUGACUUUGUUGUGGUUGCAAACGGGCACUACACCGUCCCUUACAUCCCUCACAUUGAUGGUUUGGUUGAGUAUCAUGCAAAGUUUCCCACCAGUUUGAUACACGCAAAAAGCUUUCGUAACUUGGAAGAGUUCAAGGAUAAACAAGUAUUGGUUGUUGGCGGUAGCAUUUCAACCACAAACAUUCUUCAAUACGUCAUUCCCAUUGCAAAGAGUGUGACAAAUUCGAAAAGGGGACCCCACGGGGUGUUUCCUUGGAUUAAUGAUGCAUUGGUCUCUAAAGGUAUUGAACCAAAAGGACCAAUCCAUCACUUUGAUGCUGAGAAAGACGAGGUUCAUUUUGCAGACGGAUCAGUUGGCAAAUACGACAAGAUCAUAUUCUCAACUGGAUAUCACUACCAUUUCCCUUUUUUGAGAAAUGAGUUGAAACUUAUCAACCCUGGAAACUUGUCACGUGUUGGUGGUUUGUUUCUCAAUACGUUUGAUCAACAAGACUCCACUUUGGGAGCCGUUGGGAUCACUGUUUCUCAAUUGAACUUUCACACUAUUGAAGCUAGUGCUGCUGCUUUGGCUGGCGUUUGGUCAGGUGCCAAAAAUUUGCCAUCAUUGGAGGAGCAACAAGAGUGGGAAAAGAAACUGGUUGCUGAACGAGGAGACUCCUUACUUUUCCACUACUAUAAUCAUCACCAAGCUAAAGAGUAUGUUGAUGCUCUUGCCCCUUAUUUUCCUACAGAAAGAUACAACCCUCUUGAAGUCGAUGGUGCGUUGGUGGGAGAAGUUGAUGAAGGUUUCGACUAUUUGGAGAAAUUGUUUUAUGGAUUGAAAGAUGGCAAGAUUAGGAUUGAAGAAACUAACCCAUCUUACAAGGCAAUCUCCAAUGAGAAGGGACCUGCUGGUGUUGUGGUUAGUGUUGAAAAAGCUGAAUUGGUUUCAGUUUAG